AUGAGGAAAUAAAUCUACAUCUAAAUGAUAAUUGAAUUCAAACACAAUCAAUCUCCAAGAAACAUGGUCUAUAAAUUGAAAUAGCUAUUCAUAAUAGCUAUUAAUGAAUUACUUAGAAAAAGAGCUAAGUUUUAAUAUAAGUACCUAGUCGCUCAUCAUCUUAAACAAUAUUUUUUAUUAAAGAAUAUGGCUAUAAAGCAUUUCAUACUAUGGAUUAAUAAGUUCACAUAUAAUUAGUUUUUUUCUCUCUGCUAAGCCUAAUUACGCGUCAAUAAAAGAAUGAAUUCUCCACAAAGGACUAUUCUAUACCAAUUAUCUAGCCCAAGAUUCUUCCACUUCAUAUCUAAAUCUAUAACAUACACGCUUCGAUUAUUUAAUGUAGCUAAAAUUGUUUUCAAUCUGGUUUAUUUCAAGCAUACAUAUGUAGCUAGAAUAUUUUGA